GUCAGCUGCAGAUACUGAGGUUGUCUGGCUGUAAGGUGACAGAGGAAGGCUGUGGUUAUUUGUCUUCAGCUCUGAGUUCAAACCCCUCACACCUGAGAGAGCUGGAUCUGAGCUACAAUCACCCAGGAGAAUCAGGAGUCAAGCUGCUCAAACACAAACUGCAGGAUCCAAACUAUAAACUGCAGAUACUCAAUGUGGAUCAUGGAGGAGAGAAGAUGAUGAGAGCAGGACUACGAAAGUAUGCCUGUGAUCUCACACUGGAUCCAAACACAGCAAACACUCGACUCGUUCUGUCUGAUGAGAACAAGAAGAUCACACGUGUGGAAGAUCAUCAGCCGUAUCCUGAUCAUCCAGAGAGAUUUGAUGUUCCUCAGGUUCUGAGUGUUGAGAGUCUGACUGGACGCUGUUACUGGGAGACUGAAUGGAGCGGAGAUUAUGCUGAUAUAUCAGUGUCAUAUAAAGGAAUCAACAGGAAAGGAAGAGGGAGUGAUGACUGUGUGUUUGGAUACAAUGACAAAUCCUGGAGUCUGAUCUACUCUGAUAACAGUUUCUCUGUCUGGCACAAUCAUAAUGAAACUGUUAUUCCUGCUGACCCUUCGUCCUGUAAGAGAGUAGGAGUGUGUGUGGACGUGUCGGGCGGCUCUCUGUCCUUCUACAGCGUCUCUGACACACACACACUCACACACUUACACACACACACACACACACACUUACACACAUUCAACACCACAUUCACUGAACCCCUCUACGCUGGGUUUGGGGUUUAUUCUGAUGAUUCCUCAGUGUCUCUGUGUGAUAUUUAAUGAUAGAGAGACUCUUUCUGAUGUUCACAUGCACACAAACUCAUCUAAUCUCACAUCACUACAUUUCUAUUCAUUUUUAAUUAGUUUUUCAUCAUCAUACAGAAGUUAUGAAUCUAGAUCAGACUCAUACUGUUCUGAAUCUUUAAUAAACAGAGUAAUAUGUGUGCUUUAAUAUUUCUAUUGUAAACUGCUCAUCAAAUGUAAUAAAAGUCCAUGAGUGACUCAUUUGAUCCUGAA